AGUUUUACAGUUCCACAUCAUCCACCUAUCUCAAUUUCCAACCUUCUAAAAACAGAUAACGAGACACUGAAAGUUUAACAGGAGAGAGAAAAAUGGCAGCAGCUUCAGCAAUGUUGAUAAGCAACCCAACCAAUGUGUGCUUCCGCAAACCGCAAUUCUCAUGCUCAUUGAAACCCAAACCAACUGUUUCUGAGCUAGGGUUUCUCACUUCCCAAUUCACUGGAAUUCAAAUUUCUCAAUCUCCAUUUCUCACCACCAUUAACAAACCCAUUUCUGCUCCAUUCAAACCUUCGCUUCAGCCUGUUGCUCGCCGAGUAUGUCCAUUCACUGGGAAGAAAUCAAACAAGGCAAAUAGGGUUUCUCACUCAAACCACAAAACAAAGAGAUUGCAGUUUGUGAACCUGCAAUACAAGAGAGUCUGGUGGGAAGCUGGUAAAAGGUUUGUCAAACUUAGGUUAUCUACCAAGGCUUUGAAGACCAUAGAGAAAAAUGGACUGGACGCUGUUGCUAAGAAGGCAGGGAUUGACCUUAGCAAGGCAUGACAGAACAGAAAUGUUUGUAAAGCAACGAGAACGCCAAUUUUCAUGUUUUGUAAUCCAAAGUUUUAUGGUUGACUUGUAUUGAUUACAGCUUUUGCCCUAGGUUUUUGAAAUUAUUUGUAGCAUAUUGAGCAAAUUAAUGAAAAAGCAAAUUCCAAAAAAAUGGAGGUUCAUGGUGUUACAAUAUCUGGUCCAUUGUUUCUCUUGGAAACUAGUCAUGUAUGAGCUUUAAGUGCUAAUAUUUGAUAGAACUCAGUAAUGGAUUAUUGGUCUGUGAA